AGCGCGGGCGGGCGGAUCCGGCCAUGUCGCGCUGGCUGUGGCCGUGGUCGAGCUGCAUGAAGAAACGGGCCUGCCGCUACCUGCUGCAGCACUAUCUGGGCCACUUCCUGCAGGAGCGGCUGAGCUUGGAGCAGCUCAGCCUGGACCUGUACCAGGGCAGCGGCGGGCUGCGGGACAUCCACCUGGACGUAUGGUCUGUGAACGAGCUGCUGGAGUCGGUGGAAUCGCCCCUGGAGCUGGUCGAUGGCUUCGUGGGCUCCAUCGAGGUGGCGGUGCCCUGGGCCGCCCUCCUCACCGACCACUGCACCAUGCAGGUGUCCGGCCUGCAGCUCACUCUGCGGCCGCGGAGCGGGCAAGUGCCUGGGACGGCAGAAUCCCAGAGCUGGACGUCCUGCAUGACCACCAGCCUGCAGCUAGCUCAGGAGUGCCUUCGCGAGGGCCCCCCCGAGCCCUCCGAGCCCCCCCAGCCCCUGGAGGGCCUGGAGAUGUGCCAGACCAUCGAGACAGUGCUUCGGAGGAUCAAGGUGACCUUCCUGGACACCAUUGUGCGGGUGGAGCACGCGCCAGGUGGCGGAGACAGCAGCAUGGCGGUGGAGAUCCACAUUCAGAGACUGGAAUACUGUGAUGAGGCCGUGCGGGACCCGAGCCAGGCUCCCCCCGUGGACGUGCACCAGCCCCCCGCCUUCCUGCACAAGCUGCUGCAGCUCUCGGGCGUCAAGCUUCACUAUGAAGAGUGUCCCCCUCAGGAAGAGUCCCCCAGCCCCCCCUUGCAGAUUGGCAGCUGCUCCGGGUACAUGGAGCUGACCGUAAAACUGAAGCAGAACGAGGCCUUUCCUGGGCCCAGGAUGGAGGUGUCGGGGCAGCUAGGCUGCCUGCACUUGCUCCUGGCCCCGCAGCAUCUCCUGCAGCUGCAGGACCUCCUCAGUGCCCUGAGCCUAGCAGACACGGAGGGGCUGUCGGAGAAGGCGAACAAGAACCGCCCCCUCAGGGCCGAGGACUUGCGGCUUAUCGAGCAGGACCUGAGCCAGCAGCUCCAGGGGGGCGGCCCGACGCUCUCCUCGGACCCUCUGGUGGGCAUGGACAGCACAGAUCUCUUCUUCUCCAUGGCCGCUCUGACUAGCAGCGUGACGUCCGCGCGCUCUGUCUCCGAGAUUUCCCUCUCCGAUGUGGACCUGGGCUCGUCCCUGCACAGCGAAGGGACCCCCCGGCGCCCCCACACCCACCCUGCCCUCCACGGUCUCAGCCGCCUGCCUGGCAAGGCAGCGGCCCCCAUCCCCCCCGAGAGCCUGCGCCCAGAGUCGCUGCUGAAAGUGACCCUGGGCGGGAUGACGCUGACGGCCCUGCAGCAGCCCCCCGGGGCCCCCCCCGGCUGUCCCCCCGACCUCGCUGCCCGCUUCUUUGCCGAGUUUGACGCUGCCAAAGAGGGACCCUUUGGGUCCCGGGACUUUCACCAUCUCCGGCCCCGCUUCCAGAAGGCCUGUCCCCGAAGCCACGUGAGGCUAACGGGUUCCGCGGUGCAGCUGAGCUGGGAGCAGCGCGGAGGGGCCGGCGCCAGGGGCCGGGCUUUUAGCACUGACCUGCUCUUUGGGCAGCUGGAGGUGCUGGAGUGUCUGUGGCCUGAAGGGGCGGCUGAGCCCGAAUACACAGAGCUCCUGAGCUUCCCCAACGGCUCCGGCUUCGGGGCCUCGGCCCGCCCCUGUGCACACCUGCGGUACAUCCAGACCCAGCGCCGGAUCCCCAAGAGCCACCCCCGGCGGCCGGCCUCGUGCCUCUGUACCUCCGACUUGUCCUUGGAACUGGCCGAAUUCCAGUCUGACGUGGAGCUGGGGGCUCUGGACCGGCUCGGGGCGCUUUUCCAUCUUGCCACCACCCCGAUGGCCCGGGAGCAGGGCCUGCUGGUGAGCCAGCCUGUGGGAGGAGGGAGCGAGAGGGAGGAGGGCUGGGGAAAGGAACGAGAGCUCGAAGCAGUUUGCCCCGGCUCCUGCCCUUGCCAGCCCACGCGGGUGGGAGCUGAGCAGUCAAGUCUCCUGACCAAGAGAGCGGAGACGGGGCCUCUGCCAAGCGCACAUUCUCUGUCUGUGGGGGACAGAAUGGGGGUGGGCCCCACCCUGGGCCUCAGUUUCCUCAUGGGUAAAAUGGAAGAACAGUCCCAGUUUCUGGUCUCAGGACAGUGUUGGGCAAGAAGCCCCCGCCCUGCUCCCCAACGCAGGGAGGAGGCAGGAGAUGGCAUGAGCCCUUUUGAGCCCCGUCUUUCUCCAGGGGGGCCUCCUUGUACCGUGGAGCGCCAGACGGUCCUGCGGGUCGCGGCCCCUCACGCCACCCUUCGGCUGCGAUUCCCCAUCCCCGACCUGCGCCCCCAGCGCAACCCUUGGGCGGGCCGGGCCGUGCGGGAGGAACUUCUCCGCCUCGAGCUGACGGACCUGGAGUUUCGGUCUGAGCUGAGCCAUGGCCCCAGCCCACAGGCCCCCACCCGCUUGGAGCUGACCUGCAGCGACCUGCACGGAACUUACGAGGACAGGGAGAAGCCUGCUGUCCCCUGCCUUCGAGUUUCCAAGACCCUGGAUCCCCAGGGCCCUGAGCGCAAGUACAUCCUGCCCAAGGCAGUGGUGACCCUGAACCCCCAGUAUAGCAGCUCCCAGUGGGACGUGGUCCUGGAGAAGGGGGAAGAAGUGGAGCUGUCAUCAGCCGAGAGCCCCUGUGAGCUGCGCCAGCCUGAGCCUUCGCCCUUUUCCUCCAAGAGGACCAUGUAUGAGACUGAGGAGAUGGUGAUUCCCGGGGAUCCCGAGGAGAUGGGCGAAUUCCAGAGCCGAACGCUGGCCCUGUCGCGGUGCAGCCUGGAGCUGACCCUGCCCAGCGCCCACAUUUUCCUGCCCAGCAAGGAGGUCUACGAGAGCAUCUACAACAGGAUCAAUAACGACCUGCUCAUGUGGGAGCCUGGAGAUCUGCUCCCCGACCUUGGCCCUGCUGCUUCCGCGGCCGCCCCUGGCUUCCCCGGGCCCUCCGCCUUCUGGCAGGAAGACUUCAAGAUGUGCAAAUCCGCCUUUAAACUGGACUCGGACUCUGAAGAUGAAGAUGCGCACUUCUUCUCGGUGGACGAGUCGGGGGUCCCACAGCCCCCUGCGCCAGAGCCGCGGAGUCCCCGUACCCAGAGCACUUUCUCCACGCUGGUGACGGUGCUGAAGGGGCGGAUCACUGUUCUAUGUGAGACCAAGGGGGAGGGUGGGAAGAAGCUGGACGACUGCCAUGGAGAGCUGGUCCUCGAUGUGACCCAGGGCACCAUCUUCAGCGUCUCCCAGUAUCUGGGCCAGCCGGGGCUCGGCUACCUCUGCCUGGAGGCCGAGAAGGCGGCCCUCUACCACCAAGCCGUAGUGGACGACUACUUGCUGCCCACCCGCCUCGAGGUGCCCAGCUUCACCCCACCCGCCCAGCUGGCCCCGACCAUCUACCCCUCGGAGGAAGGGGUGACGGAUCGGGGGUCUGCGAGCCGCAAGGGCCAGGGCCAGGGCCCUCGAAUGCUCUCCACGGCUGUACGCAUUCAUCUGGACCCCCAGAAGAACGUCAAGGAGUUCCUGGUUACGCUGCGGCUACAUGGAGCCACCCUUCGCCACCGCAUGGCCCUGCCCAACCAAAGCUGGCACUGCCAGCUCCUGGAUUUCUUGGAUGUUUUGGACGACCCCAUCCUUGGCUUCCUGCCGCCCACGGUCAUCACCGUCCUGCACACGCACCUGUUCUCCUGCGCCGUUGACUACAGGCCUCUCCACCUUCCCGUGCGCGUCCUCAUCACUGCAGAGACUUUCACCCUCUCCAGCAACAUUAUCAUGGACACCUCCACCUUCCUGCUCAGGUUUAUCCUCGAUGAUUCCGCCAUCUACCUGUCCGACAGGUGUGGGAAUGAGCCCCUCGAUCUGCGCAAAGAUUAUGUCUGUGUUCUGGACGUGGAUCUGCUGGAGCUUGUGAUCAAGACCUGGAAGGGCAGCACGGAGGGCAAACUGAGCCAGCCCCUCUUUGAACUGCGCUGCUCCAACAACGUGGUGCAUCUGCACAGCUGUGCCGACUCCUGCGCCCUGCUGGCCAACUUGCUGCAGUAUGUGGUGGGCUCCGGGGAUCUGCACCCUCCAGCCCGGCCCCCCAGCCCCACUGAGAUCGCCGGCCAGAAGGUUCAGCUCUCGGAGAGCCCGGCUUCCCUGCCCUCCUGCCCCCCGGCUGAGACUGCCCUUAUCAAUCAGCGGGACCUGACGGAUGCCCUCAUUGAUACGGAGCGGAGCCUGCGGGAUCUGGCCCUGCCUCCAGGUGGUGGGCCCCUGCGGCAGGCCUCUCCCGUGUCCGUUUACCUGUUCCCGGGUGAGCGGGGUGGGGCCCAGCCCCCUCCGCCCCCUGAUAGUGCCUCUGAAAGCAGCCUUGGAGUCAAAGAGGAGGAAGCAGAAGAGGAGGAGGAGGAAGAGGAGGAGGAGGACGGAGAUGGGGAUGCCCUGGACAGCGAUGAGUUCUGCAUCCUGGAUGCCCCUGGUCUCGGCAUCCCUCCCCGAGACGGCGAGCCGGUGGUGACCAAGCUACAGCCUGGCUCCAUCACGGUCCGGGACGGUCACUUCUCUCGCCCCCUGGGUAGCACGGACCUGCUGCGAGCACCUGCCCACUUCCCCAUGCCCACCAACCGUCUGGUGCUACGAGAGGUCUCUCUGAUCUGGCACCUUUACGGGGGCCACGAUUUUGGUCCUCACCACAGCCACAGGACAAAAGCUGGCCUCUCGGGUCCCCGGGGCUCCCCCUCACGAUGCUCUGGGCUCAAUAGGCCCCAGAACUCCUGGCGCACCCAGGGCGGCAGUGGCCGGCAGCACCACAUCCUCAUGGAGAUCCAGCUCAGCAAGGUGAGCUUCCAGCACGAGACUUACCCAACAGAGAGAGCAGCAGCCCCUGGCGCCGAGUUGGGGGAGCAGCCCCUGGCCCGCCAGGUGUUCAUCGUCCAGGAGCUGGAGAUUCGAGACCGCCUGGCCUCCUCCCAGAUCAACAAGUUCCUUUACCUGUACACAAGCGAGAAGAUGCCCCGGCGGGCUCAUUCUAACAUGCUCACUAUAAAAGCCCUCCAUGUGGCCCCAGAGGCCGGCCUGGGAGGUCCAGAAUGUUGUCUCCGAGUUUCCCUCAUGCCCCUGCGGCUCAAUAUUGACCAGGAUGCCCUGUUCUUCCUGAAAGAUUUCUUCACUAGUCUGGCUGCUGGCAUUAACCCUGUCAUUCCCAUGGACACAGCAACUGAAGCUCGCCAGGAUCCUCCCGUCCGGACCAGUGCCACCCAAGACAAGCUGCCAGAGGGGGCAGAGAUGAGCAGCUCUCUGGAGACCACCGUCAGUGAACAGAGCUCCACAUCCACAUCUGCAACCUCCACUGAGCAGCCCAUUUAUUUCAGGGAGUUCCGAUUUACCUCCGAGGUCCCGAUUUGGUUGGAUUAUCACGGCAAGCACGUCACCAUGGACCAAGUGGGCACCUUCGCUGGGAUCCUCAUUGGCCUGGCCCAGCUAAAUUGUUCGGAGCUCAAGCUAAAACGUCUCUGCUGUCGGCAUGGGCUCUUGGGGGUUGACAAGGUGCUGGGCUAUGCCCUCAAUGAAUGGCUACAGGAUAUCCGGAAGAACCAGCUGCCAGGGCUUCUGGGAGGCGUGGGCCCCAUGCACUCAGUGGUCCAGCUCUUUCAUGGCCUUAGAGACUUGCUGUGGCUUCCUAUCGAGCAGUACCGGAGGGAUGGACGCCUCAUGCGGGGGCUGCAGCGGGGGGCUGCCUCCUUCGGGUCUUCCACAGCUUCAGCUGCUCUGGAGCUCAGUAACCGGCUCGUGCAGGCAAUCCAGGCGACUGCCGAGACAGUUUAUGACAUCCUGUCCCCGGCCGCCCCGGUCUCCCGCUCGCUUCAGGACAAACGCUCGGCCCGGAAACUCCGCAAGGGACAGCAGCCGGCCGACCUUCGGGAAGGUGUGGCCAAGGCCUACGACACCGUGCGAGAGGGCAUCCUGGACACAGCCCAGACCAUCUGUGAUGUUGCUUCUCGGGGUCACGAGCAGAAGGGGCUGACGGGGGCCGUCGGGGGGGUGAUCCGCCAGCUGCCCCCCACGGUGGUGAAGCCGCUCAUCUUGGCCACCGAAGCCACGUCCAACUUGCUGGGAGGGAUGCGCAACCAGAUCCUGCCUGACGCCCACAAGGACCACGCGCUCAAGUGGCGGUCAGAGGAGCCGCAAGACUGAGGGGGACGAUGGGGUCCAGCUGCGGGGACGAUUGCAUCCUGCGAGCCCGUGGGCCUCGGCUCUCUGACCAGUGGGGGUUCUUGGCCGUGUGGCUACCAGGGUGGCGCAGGAAGACGCCCCGCCUCGAAACUGACUCCGAGUCCCCCUGCCAAUCCCCCGUCCCCAUCCUUAGGGCCUGGGCUGAGGAGUCCUUCUGCCGCGAGGAGGAGGAAGGGGCUGGGGGACCGUCCUGGGCCCGAGCCCCUGCUGCUGCUGCCUAGCCCCAGGACGCACAGACUUCUCACCCCUGGGGCCCCCUCCUAGCCAAGUUCCGUGUUCCGACGGGGGGAGGGCCAGGCCCUGGGACACACAUGUGGUUCCGUGUAUCACUUUCUAAGCCCUCGGGAGUGGGGGUCGCGGCUUCUGCAUGAUGUGGAAUAAAUUGUGCCCAUAGCCGCCA